CUCUCUCUCACUAACACACACACACACACACACACAUCAUGUUUACAGGCCCAGGAGUGUCUGUGGGGGAGGAGGAAGAAGUCACUCAUUUUCAUAAACAUUCCCACAUGUUAGGCGCGUAACCUGCGGCGAGAAACGCUCCGCCAAUAUUAACCUGACGCCUGUAAAUCAUAGAUGCAUCGCGGAGGCGAUCUGUGGACUUUCACUCUGAAAACGAACCCAGAGUUGGACAAUAUGUAGCGCAGAUAUCAAACUGACUAUGAGGACAGCAAGUAAUUAGAAAAACAAGUAGUUGAACAUGUAUUUUGAAGACUGGUGCCGUUUCUGUUGCUAAACAUUUUUAAUAGCCUAACGUCCUCACGGGAAAAAGCGGUAAAACCGUCUGGAAAAGAGUGCGCGAGGCAGGCAUAUAUUUUUCAAGCUUUGGAGUCGCUGAGCGGAUUCACGUCUCGGAUCCAGUUGGCUGAAGGCCGAGAGCGUCACCAUCUGUCAUCCGCUUGAGCUCCGCGUUCGCCGGCUGUAUGUGGAGACAAGUGUACUAUACGCCGCGAGACCUACAGCGCGGGAGGGACGCCAGAUAGAGCCGGGAGUUGCCCAUCGGACACGCACCCCCACGCUUCUCUCCCAGACAGAGUCGACACCGGUUACGCGCGACUUUCUCUCCAGCUGUUGAUGGGAUACUAGACCAUGGCGGUUUCAUACCUGUGCGCGUUGCAUCUGCUUCUCUAUCUCGGAACCCGUACAGGCGCGUUGGUGGACUCGUCGACGCCGCCCGGAGAGACACACGGGUCACCCAGCGAACGCGCCUUGGACCGCGCCGCGUUUGAAAGGGACGCGCAGGAUGUGGUCACCAUAAAUAUGUACAAAACCUAUGACAAAUAUACCAAGGAGCCCAGCGAACGGGACGGGAAUACCGUGAGGAGCUUCAGAGCUCUCCCGGUGUCCUCCAACAACAGGCUCUUGUUCCAGUUUAACCUGACCUCCAUCCCAGAGUCAGAGGUCGUUGUCGCAGCAACGCUGCACUUCCUGGAGCCGCCGCGCUCACAGCCCAGGUCCUGGAGCUGUCGUCGCCUGCGCGGGCCGUCGUGUCGUCCGGCGGCGGCCUCGUCUCCCGGGCGGCUGGUGCUGAGGGGAGGAGGAGCGUCCGUCCCGCUGACCCCCGGCGUCCGCCUCGCGUCGCUCCCGCUGCCGUCCCACCCUCACCACCGCGGCGGCUGGCUGCAGCGCAACGUCUCCGCUCCCGUCACGCAGGCCCACGCCGCCGGACACGUGCUGCUGACCGCCGAGUUCCAGCUCCAGCAGCGGCGAGCGGUCCGGACCCUGGGGACGGAGUCAGGGGCGGAGUCGGGGGCGGGGCCUGAGCCGCCGUAUCUGCUGGUGUACACCGACGACCGGACCAUCGGCGAGCCCAACAGCGUUGCCGUCACCCUGCAGCGUUACGGCCCGUUCCCCGGCAACGCCGAUGACCCGCACACUCACCACCGGCCCAGACGCGCCGCCGUGGAACACCUGCAGAACAACCUGCUGCCCGAUGUCCACCACACGGAACCCAAAAGCAGGGAACUCUGGGAAAACACCUACUUCCCUCUCAAGGCCAAACCGCCCCCUCCACACACGCCACACACACGCUCACACACACCAGCCCUCGGCCCCGAGGCGCCACACAUACGCGCGGGCGGAGAGGGGGGUCCACGGGAGGGCGUGGGGGGGGCUCGGGAGCUGCAGUUCGACGAGCGCACCAUGAAGAAGGCCCGGCGGAGGCAGUGGACCGAGUCGCGCGCCUGCUCCCGCCGCUACCUCAGGGUGGACUUCGCCGACAUCGGCUGGAGCGACUGGGUGCUCGCCCCCAAGGCCUUCGAGGCGUUCUACUGCGCCGGGACCUGCCGCUUCCCCAUCCCCAAGGUGGUCCGCCCCUCCAAUCACGCCACCAUCCAGAGCAUCGUCCGUGCCGUUGGAAUCAUUCCUGGUAUUCCAGAACCUUGCUGCGUUCCGGAUAAGAUGAGCUCGCUACCGGUGCUCUACUUGGAUCCAGAGCGGAACCUGGUUCUGAAGGUUUACCCAGGGAUGUCUGUGGAGACCUGCGCCUGUCGGUGAGCUGCAGAACCAGACCGGAGAACUGCAGGAGAACAGAUAGAACUCUCAGUAGAACUGACAGAACUCACCACAGAACAGAUGGAACUUACCGCAGAACAGACGGAACUCACUGCAGAACUCACAGAACAGACAGAAGUCACGUCAGAACUGGCAGAAUUCACCGCAGAACCAGCAGAACUCACUGCAGAACCAGCAGAACUCACCGCAAAGCUGGAAAAGACUUCAACUCCCCAAAAGACUACAGGGACCCACUCAAGUUCAUGACAAAGGGAAAAGCAGUCUGUCUCACACACACACACACACACCUGCUCAAGCUAAUGAGAAAAGAACGUCAGUCCACACAGACAGAAUAUGGAGGAGGGAAAAGCCUACUGAACUACUGAAGUUGUUGUCACUUUGUUAAGCUUCAGAUUGACUCCAUCUCACAUGCAGAGACACACGAAUGCACUCUCACACAGUAACACACACACACAAACACACACACACACACACACACACACACACACUGUGCAGUGUUAAGCUUCAGAUUGACUCUUUUUCUGCUGACCAGAGGGAUGAUCCACAGAGAGUUUGGACACUACGGGAUCGGAACUGUGUAGUCCGUGCAUAGCUUCUCUUCACACACACACACACACCCAGAGGUGGAGCCCACAUAUGUACGUGUGGAUAUCAAGUCAUAGACAUAUUUUCCUGGCAGAAGUAUUUUUGUAAAUAAAUGAUCUGUAACUAAACUAACUCCGUGGAGUGCACCUGCUAGUUAGUUUGUGAGAGAGUGUCCACUGUAGUGAUAUGAAAGCUAUAUAGUUUGAGAGAGUGUCCACUGUAGUGAUAUGAAAGCUAUAUAGUUUGAGAGAGUGUCCACUGUUGUGUUAAUGAAAGCUAUAUAGUUUGAGAGAGUGUCCACUGUUGUGUUAAUGAAAGCUAUAUGCCAUGGAAGCCACACAAAAACGAGCUAGUGCUGCCACCUGCUGGCCGAUAGGUGGAAGAGAUGGGGAUUGCCUGCAGCAGGAUGUGUCCACUCGGGCGCCCGGGAGCUCACCUCCUCACCACUCCUUCGCUCUCUGGGCCAGAGGACAGGGGCAGUCGCUGUGUUCGGUUAUUCAAUCAGUUUUAUGAUUUCUGCUGCAUUUCUAUAUAUAUGUUAGUAUUGUACUGUACAUAACCCUAACCCGUAUGCAUUUCUAUAUAUAUUAGUAUUGUACUGUACAUAACCCUAACCCAUAUGCAUUUCUAUAUAUAUAUAUAUAUGAGUAUUCAGUGUACAUAACCCUAACCCAUAUGCAUGCAGUGUAAUGUAUUCACCAUGUACCAUAUUUGCUUUGCAGAUUUUUUUCUUUAGCUUAAAUACUUUUAGUUUCCGUGUAGCAGCGGUUUGGAUCAUACAUACGUAUAUGUGGAUAUGCGGUACUCUAAUAUUUAAAAGAUAAAUAGAAACUGAGACUUUAACUCGUGAACUGUUGCACUGGUCAUCUGGCCUGACGCCUCCCUCAGGCCGUCUGAGCAGGUGGACCUCUCCUCUCUUCUCCACUUUUGUUUGUUUGCUUUUAGUUUGUUAGUUCAGUAA